UAAUAAUAAUAAUAAUAAUAAUAAUAAUAAGUUAUACUUUAUUAAUCCUGUGAGGAGAAAUUCUGUUUUACACUCUGUUUAAUGAACAUUUACUCUUUAUUGACGAUGGUUAUAUAAAGUGUAACCAUAUUUUCUUUAUAAGCAUAGGGGAACAAUGUCAUUCUGUGAUGUAUUACAGGACCUGAUGAAGCGCCCGGUCAGACAUGAAACGUUGUGUUCUUCAAUGCGUAUAGCUAAUCCAUAAGUAUAUCUUUGGGAGCCACAGUGUUUUCAGUGUCUUUGUGCAUCAUAUCCUGUAUAAACCAACACAAAGGAUUCCAGAGUGCUACAUGUUAAACCUUGUUUGUGAAAAUAUUCAACAAAUCAAAAUAUGAUGUAUUUAUGUUUUGCAGGUAUUAAUGACACUGCUUUAAAUAAGACCUGGUGUCAGGCUCUUCAAUACUGCAGUCAAAACCACACUGACUUCAACAGCAGCGGGGCUGUUGGAAUCAUAAACAACACCAGCUUUUGGAUCGCACUCGAUACAUGGGAGUGGCAGGACAACGGCUGCUCUUCAUUCAGAGAAUGGGGGUUGAAAAACCCUUUCCCUGCAGAAUGCACACGUGUGGAUAGUAAUGAAAUAGGCCUUGCACGAAUAACUGAACAUGGUUGUGAUAGUGAAGCGAACACUUUCUGUGCCAAUGGUACUGUGAGGAUCAAAGUCAUUCAAAAUCCUUUAACUUGGGAGGAGGCAUAUGAUUACUGUAACGAACACCACUCCCGUCUGCUGUGGAUCAGAGAUGAAUACGAUCAGAAGGCUGUUGAACAAUGGCUUAAUUACACCGUUGAAGAGGGUAACUUCUGGAUUGGUCUGCGACAAAGUCGGGUCUUUGGAUUCUGGAUUUGGACCAGUGAUACGACAGUGGGGUUCUCCAAAUGGAAGGAUGGCAAAAUGCCUCAGCUACCCAUGUCUGAGCACUGUGGGGUCUUUGACAACACUGACUGGGAGUGGCAUGAUUUCAACUGUUCAGAACAGCUUCCUUUUCUUUGUGAGGAGGACAUUGUAUACAUCAAGAAAUAGUUAUCAAGCUUUGCUCAUGAGAAUAGAUUCUAAUGUAGAGGUAAUCAAGAGCUGAUUAUUGUGGUGAAAGACAGCGACAUUACCCUCUGCUUAAAUUUAGUAUGGGUUCUUCAUGGCUUCAGGUUUUCCCUUGAUCACUAAAACGUUAUUCUGACGUUUGAAAGGUUUUAUACUUGACAUUUCACAUGCAAGUGUUUAUAAAAAGCAUUGUUCUUUCUAUUGUUGUUGCUGAUAUAUUCAUUUGUGUAACAGUUGUUAAUAUUGCUAUCGGUGUUUUUGUUGUUAGGAUCACUUAUUCUAAAGAAAAGGACUUAUAUGUAUGCAUUUGAUUUGAUAAUGAUGUAAUCUCAUGGAAAAAGUGAGAACAAAUAUAUAUCUGGAUUUUCUUUUUUUUUUUCUACAUUAAGGUUUGUAAUGUGUGACCACUUCCCCUGUUGAUAUUUGUGAAGUUACUCACUCUGUCCCACUGUGUCAUCUCAACCAAUCCAGUCAACAUUUUCGGAUAAUAAAACCCAUCUGUUUGUAUGUUUGUAUGUAAUCCGACCACAUUUCCUGAUCCAUUCAAAAUUGAGAGACAAUUUUUGCAUUUGUUUUUAGUUAUAGCUUCAAACUAAAUCUAAAUAUUUUUAAGGCGAUUUUAUGUUGGACUCUUUUGGUUGAAAUUGCAUUUUGAUGCACUUAGGUGUAUUAGAAGAUGGGUGCUGUGUAUUUGCUUCUAGAUACUCUGCUUGUAUGACUUUAUGCAUAUACUAUUGAAAUAAACUACUGGAAAUUCA